ACUAAAGAAAGAAAGGAAAGGAAAGGAAAGUCUUCGUUUCUGCAGGACGCUGAAAUCCUUCAACAAUGGCAGCGGCCGCUUAUCUGGGGAACCCUGUGCUCACAAGAGUCGCGUUACUUGGUUGUACAAGCAAACCGCAACUGACUUCACUCACAGCUCGGAAGAUGACGCUGUGUUUGUGCGCCAUGGACUCCAAAUCAGUAGGUGUUGGAGGUGAUGUAUUUUCUGUGACGUCGUCGGCGAAGUCUGGAGUUGAUUAUCUCGGACAGAGCACUAAAGGAGAUAUGAAUCUCAAACUCGAGCAUCUUGAGGCUUUUGGCGCAGAUGGUGAAGAAACGCUAGAAGGUCCAAUUGAGGAAGUUGCGAGAUUAGAGGCACAGGAAGCCGAGGAUCUCCUUAGUGAUUUGGGAAUCCCGAGUCCUUCAUCAAGAAAUUCACCACAGGGUAUAUUUUGUAGCCGAACAUUGAAUCUUCGAUCGAUCAGUGUCAUUGGAUAUGACAUGGACUACACAUUGAUGCAUUAUAAUGUCAUGGCUUGGGAGGGAAGAGCGUACGACUACUGUAUGGAAAACUUAAGGAACAUGGGUUUCCCUGUUGAUGGACUUGCUUUUGACCCAGACUUGGUUAUUAGAGGCCUAGUCAUAGACAAAGAGAGAGGUAACUUGGUGAAGGCUGAUCGUUUUGGUUAUAUAAAAAGAGCAAUGCAUGGAACAAACAUGCUGUCUACUCGAGAUGUAAGUGAGAUUUAUGGGAGGGAAUUGGUGGACCUGCGUAAGGAGAAUCGAUGGGAGUUCCUCAAUACACUAUUUUCUGUAUCAGAGGCUGUUGCUUAUAUGCAGAUGGUAGACAGAUUGGACGAUGGAGCCAUAGAAGCAGCAGUUGGUCCACUUGAUUAUAAAGGACUUUACAAGGCUGUUGGGAAAGCACUAUUCAGGGCACACGUCGAGGGUCAGCUUAAGAGUGAGAUAAUGUCUAAUCCUGAAUUAUUUGUCGAGCCUGACCCUGUACUACCAUUGACUCUACUGGAUCAAAAAGAGGCUGGAAAAAAGCUUUUGCUUAUUACCAACUCAGAUUAUCAUUACACGGAUAAAAUGAUGCAGCAUUCUUUUAAUAGAUUUCUUCCAAAUGAUAUGGGAUGGCGAGAUCUAUUUGAUAUUGUAAUAGUCUCGGCAAGAAAGCCAGAAUUUUUCCAAACGUCUCAUCCAUUGUACGAGGUGGUGACUGGUGAGGGUCUCAUGCGUCCAUGCUUCAAGGCUGUUGAAGGGGGCUUGUACUCUGGUGGUAGCGCACAAAUGAUUGAGAACUCUUUAAACAUUCAUGGCGAUGAGAUAUUGUAUGUAGGUGAUCACAUUUAUACCGAUGUAAGCCAAUCUAAAGUACACCUGCGCUGGAGAACAGCAUUAAUUCUACGAGAAUUGGAAGAAGAGUAUAGUGCUUUGAUUCGUAGUCGUGGUCAUCGAGCAUCUCUCAUUGAGCUUAUAAAUCAAAAGGAAGUUGUGGGGGAUCUGUUCAAUCAACUUCGGCUUGCUUUGCAAAGGCGUAGUCAAGGUCGUCCUGCUCAAACCCUUGCAGCGACUAACAUAAAUGAUGAUCGAUUAUUUUGCGUAUGCCAGACCCUUGCAGCGACUAACAUGGAUGAUGAGGAGCUCACUGAGAGCAUGCAAAAGCUGCUCAUUGUCAUGCAAAGAUUAGACCAGAAAAUUGCUCCAAUGCUAGAAGCAGAUGGAGAUCUAUUCAACAAAAGGUGGGGUUUUCUCUCCCGUGCAGGCCUAUGGGAUAAAAGCCAUUUGAUGCGACAGAUUGAGAAGUAUGCGGAUAUAUACACUUCGAGGGUUUCGAACUUCUUACACUACACACCAUUCACGUAUUUCCGCUCACAAGAACAGACAUUGGCUCAUGAUUCAUAUUCAUUCUACUGCUCGCAUGAUGAAACAACUGCUGAUAGUUAAGGACCAAGUGAACAAGUGGUGGCUUAUAUUAUGAGUCCUUUCUCUAAAUAAAGUGCUGCAGUUGGUGGAAGGUUCAAUAAAAGAACGGAGAAUAUUGUGCUGAUUAGUUCAGGUAUGUGAAUCAUGCGUUCAGGAUUAGAGUGUCUCUUAUAACUGCAGAAGGACAUCAUUUUGCCUGUGGUGUAGAUUUGCAUUUUCUGGACAAAUCUCAAUUGUCUAAACCAAUUUCAAAAUGAUAAAUAAAUAAAGUCAUAUCAUGUGUUAUCAUUUGUUAGA